GUUAUUUGACUAUGGUCUAACUAGAGUAGGAUUGCAACUUUCUUUGAAGAGUACGUUUUGUGUUCUUAAUAAACAAAUCUGAGUCCUCGAUAUAAAUGAAGUUAAAAUGAGCCAAUUUUUAGUUAGUAACACAUAUAGUUCCAGAAAGUUCUCUUUUGCUUUAGUUAUGGCUGCCCCUUCUUGUGCUCCUACCUCCCUGAUGAAAAAAACAUACGAUGUUUUCAUAAGUUUCAGAGGUGAGGACACUCGUAAUGAUUUCACUAGCCAUUUUUAUGCUGCUUUAUGUCGAAAGAAAGUUAAAGCCUACAUAGACGAGGAUUGUCUUGAGAAAGGAGAGGAAAUUUCAUCUUCGCUUUUGAGCGCAAUUCAGGAGUCAAAGAUUUCUGUGCUCGUUUUCUCAGAGAAUUAUGCUUCUUCUUUGUGGUGCUUAACUGAACUCGCUCACAUCCUCCGAUGCAAAGGGGUAAACAAGCAGCUCGUUGUUCCGAUUUUUUACCAUGUUGAUCCAUCAGACAUACGACAACAACGAAACAGCUAUGCGGCGGCGUUUGCCAAGCAUGAAACUCGCUUUGAGCAUGAAAAGGUGCAAAUGUGGAGAAAUGCUUUGAAAGAAGCAGGCAAUAUGUGUGGAUGGCAUGUACCUGUCACUAGAUCCAAGUCUAAAGCAGUUGAGGAAAUUGUCGAAGACAUUCUAAAAAAGUUGGAUAACAUGUCUUCUAAAGAUGAUUUCAAGAAUCUGGUUGGAAUUGAUCAACGGCUUCAUAGAAUUGAACAAUUGCUGUAUUUCAACUUGUUAGAUGUUCGAAUUAUAGGCAUUUGGGGCAUGGGCGGCAUUGGAAAAACAACCCUCGCUGAGGUCAUACUUAAUCGCUUUGCUCAUCAGUUUGAAAGUAGUUGUUUGCUUCGGAACAUCAAGUCAAAGCCACAUAAACUUGGCAAGUUACAAAAGAAACUUUUCUCUGAGUUGUUGGAGGAGCAUGUAGAAAAUGUCAAUCAAUUUGUAAAGGAUAGGCUUCAGCGUACGAAGGUGCUUGUCAUCCUUGAUGAUGUAGAUGAUGUAGAGCAAUUAGAAUAUUUGGUUAGAGAUCGCGAUUGGUUUGGUCAUGGGAGUAGAAUCAUCAUAACAACUAGAGAUAAGCAGGUGUUGAAUAAUAUUCAUGCUGAUGGAAUAUAUGAGGUUGAUGAACUAAAUUUCGAUGAAGCUCGUCAACUAUUUUAUACUAAAGCAUUUAAACAAAACACUCCCUCACAAGUUUAUGUAGAAAUGUCAAAACUUUUGGUGACUAAGUAUGCUAAAGGCCUUCCCUUAGCCCUUAAAAUUUUGGGUUGUCACCUUUAUUCCAAAAGCGUAGAAGAAUGGGAAAGUGAACUGAGAAAGUUGGAAAAUAUUCCCCACGACAAAGUCCAGAAUGUAUUGAAAAUAAGUUACGAUGGACUAAGUUACGAUGAGAAAAAUCUAUUUCUUGAUAUUGCAUUUUUCUUUACUGGUGCGGAACAAGAUGUUGCAAAAGGAAUUCUUGAUAGUUAUCGCUUGGGUGUGGCUAUGGGAAUCAGAGUUCUCAUCGACAAGUCUCUCAUAACUAUUGACCGUUCCAACCGGCUGUCAAUGCAUGAUUUGGUACAAGAUAUGGGCAUCGAAAUUGCUCGUCAACAAUCUCCUGAUGAGCCUAGAAAGCGUAGUCGGCUAUGGUUUGCUGAAGAUGUUUGUAAUGUCUUGAAAAAUAAUACAGGGACCAAAAAAAUUCAAGGAAUGUCCAUGGACAUGUCCAAAAUUAGUGCUGCCAUAAGCCUGGGACCUAAAGUUUUCAAAACAAUGUGCAAUCUAAAAUUUCUCAAGUUUCAUGAUCAUAUUUGUGUUGAGAGCAAACUACACUUUCCAGAAGGCCUUAAAUAUCUUCCUGAUCAGCUCAGAUAUCUUCACUGGGAUAAUUGUUCUCUAAAGACUUUGCCUCUAAAAUUUUGCCCCCAAAAUCUUGUUGAGCUGCACUUGACUAACAGCAAGCUAAAGAAACUCUGGGAUGGCGUUCAGCAUAUCGAGAGCUUAACAGUUCUAAAUCUUAAAGAAUCUGAGAACCUUACUGAAAUUCCAGACCUCUCUUGGGCAGUAAAUCUGAAAAAAAUAGAUUUGAGUCGUUGUACACGUCUCGAGGAUCUUCCAAGCAGCAUUGGCAAGUUGGAGUCACUGCAGUUUCUAGAUUUAUACGGCUGCUCAAACUUUGACAAGUUUCCAACACUUCCAAAGAAUAUAAGAAAUUUGGAUAUGGCUGAGACUGCAAUACAGAAUGUUCCCCCAUCAAUUGAGCAUCUCUCUCAUCUCCUGGUGUUUGAUUUAACAGAUUGCAAAAGGCUUAAUAGCCUUCCGACCAACUUCUUUAAGUUAAAAUCUCUCCGACAACUUUAUCUCAAAGGUUGUAUUGGAUUAGAGUACUUACCAGAAAUUUUGGAGCCCAUGGAACAUCUAGUAGUGUUUGAGACGCAAAAAUCGGGGAUUAGACAGUUGCCCUUGUCAAUCAAAAAAGUAGUUGGGAUUACAAGUUUAGAACUGCAAAACACCAGGAUAUUUGAAAUACCUGAUUCGCUCUUCUCUUUACUCACUUUAGAAUCAUUAGAUCUCUCUGAAACAAAUAUUAUUAGAAUACCUGAAAGCAUCAAACUUUCCAAGUUGAGAUCCUUGGACGUGAGUUGUUGCAAGUUCCUUCAAUCACUACCCGAACUUCCGUUGUCCAUAAAGCGAGUUAAUGCACGGGGAUGCACAUCCUUGGUGAUGGUGUCAAAUUCAUGGAGUCUACUCGCAGAAGAGCGCACUCAAAACUUUUGCGGUAUGUUUUCAAUUUCAUUUGAUGGUUGCUUAAAGUUGGAUCGCAAGAACAUCAUAACUGAAUUUCAGAUGAGAGCUCUAUCCACUACAAAUUUUUUAGUACCACCGAGACGUAAGGGUUGGUUAAAGUUGGAUAACAAGAAAAUCAUGAGUAAAUUUUCGGCUGCCAGUUUGUGCACCGAAAUACUACAUGAAGUACCUAGACCUAAAAAGGAAAGGCAUUUGGCUCCGCAUGAAGUUCUCGUUUGUUAUCCAGGAGAUGAAAUUCCAGAGUGGUUUUGCUAUCAAAAUGUGGGAUGUUCAAUAAACAUGAAGCUUCCUCCACUCUGGUAUACUUCCAACAGCUUCAUGGGUUUUGCCUUUUGCUUUGUUGUCGAAAAUGCCCAUAAUCGUGAUCAUGAAAAGGAGGUAUAUUUGAACUGGGAAAUCUAUUACAAAACCAACUAUGAUUAUGUAAGACGCUUCCAAUGUGUCUUGGGGUCCACAUGGCAUGGAAGCAGUCAGGACAGAAACCAGGUGGUAAUGACCACACAUGUGGAUAUCGGUGCAUUUGACUUUGAUGCUGUUAUAGAGAUGUCAUUUCAUUUUAGUUUUAGUGAUCCGUCAAAAAGCAUAAAAAGGAGUGGAAUCCGGAUGCUAUGUCUCCAAGAUGCAAUUGAAUUUGGUAUCGCCAGCGUCAUUACGGACGAGCUGCAACCAAAUGGAUUUUGGAAGAAUAUGUUAUAUUAUUUACGUGGUUUUCCGGUAUUCCAAUCUAGGCAACAACUUUGUGAGAAGUUGUUGAGUUCCAAUAUACAACAGAGGUACAAGGAAUUAUGGCUGAUGCUUGCUUGGGACUUUUUGCCGGUACGAGAAGUUGUUAAUCGUCAAAUGGAUGUGGCAGACACAACUUGCCCACUCUGCGGUAUGAUUUUGGAAAGUGCCACCCAUCUAUUUCUUUAUUGUCAGAGUGUUCGACCACUUUGGUUCAUGUCGCGAUGGUGUCUCCACACAAAUUCCCUCACAUGUGAUUCCAUGGCUUCUUUUCUUGAAAUGGUGUUAUUUGGUGAUCCAAACUCAAACAUGCAUUUUGAUGGGGAAUUUUUACUUUAUGCUUCUAUACUCGUGGAUGCUAUUUGGCUUGCAAGGAAUAAGCUCAUUCGUGACGCGAAGGGGUUUAACAUUGCGGAUAUCCAUUCCUCUGUCCAAGCUAAAUUCAAGCAUGUUAUUCAGCUCAACCAUCAUGGCUCUUGUAACUCUGUUUCUAGAGCUAUUGUGAAGGACUCCUAUAUGAUUGAACCAUAUCCUAAGAGAGCUAAACUUUCCGAUUCCCUUUGACUAGUUACUGCCAUUUCUCAACCUGAAUGGAGACAGAAGGGAAGGCUAUAGGAUGAAACUAAAGCUGCUUUUUCGAGCCCUGAAAGUAUCUCAUAGAAUAGGCAAAACAUGAUUUUCCAGAGAUAGCAAGAGAUAGUCCUUAUCCUCAAUUAUAGCCUGCACAGAACAAAACACCAACGUCUAGAAGAUGUUUUGUACUCCUGGAGUUAUUAGUUGUGGACGACAUCCGGCAAACUGCUGCCUUAGGAUCCCUUGAGUUAAUCGCAGAAGAUGUUAAGCAAUUCGACGUUGUUUUUCGGAGAUUGGGGGACAGAGGAUCUACACAUUUGAGAAGGAAUAAAUAAUGGCAAGUUCCUAGUCUAAUACCGUUUUCUUGUGGAUGCCAACUUCCUAAUAACUGUAGUACUUUUUUCUUUUUUUUUGGCAAAAUUGUAGAAUGGUAUGUACAUUCCUACAUAUUGUAAAGUAAUGUCUUAUUGCGGAUGGAGAGGUUUCUUUUGCUAUUGUUUAUUCUAGGCGCCAUUUCGGCACAAAUCAUGACCAUGGAAAUGUCAUCUUCAUUUGAGAAACAAGACAAAUGUAUUGUCAAAAAGUUGAAAUGGGAAUUGAUGACUCACUGUU